AUGGUCCGAGCAAUGGUACCUGCGCUGAUUGAAGCAAAUGGUAAUACCAAGUCUGACACUGAUUGGGAAAUGCUCCGGAUUGGCCCUGUGUUCUCCGUUGGUACUUGGAUCCAAGGCUGUGGGUGGCGGCGUGUGAUUCCAGAUGACGAGGAUGGAGACGACAAAAGAGGCAGUCACAAUCAGGGUACUCUGCAGCGGCGUUGCAAAGAGGCUGUAUUUGGUAGUGGUAGUGGUAGUGGUAGUGGUGAUGGUGGAGUUGGAGGCGUGUGGAGUGGCGAUCACUCCUUGUUAAGCUCAAGACCUGGGCGCCCUAGGAAGGAGCGAUGGCGGAGAAGGCUGGAACCUGGGUGGACUAAGAAGGCUUUGUUACCGCGAGCGAGUGGAGAGCGCUGGGUCUUUACGUAUAUGUACGGCAGGCUAGGGUUGUCAGGGUUGGUGGGCUCGCGUGGCUGA